AUGGUAUGGCUGACUGGCUGACUGGCUGACUGAUUUUAUGCGGGGGGUAGUGUGAAGCUGGCGAAUGAUGUUACGUUUCGAAGGUAAGGGCUUCUUCUUGAGAUAUCCUGCUUGGUUUGAGGGAAAUGAAAUCGCUGACUUGUUGACGGCGACGACGGUGAUGCAGGAUGAACCAGACGAUGGAUCGAAUGGCCAAAAUGCAGGAAUCCGAUCAUACUCACUUCAUGCGCGUCGCGUUCGGACAUACCACCCCCCUCACACCUGACUACGAUGUCUGCAAGGACAUGGAGCUUACCGAUCCUACGCUCAACGACUCCCAGAAAGAGGCGAUCCGGUUCGCGCUGGCGUCGCGCGAUAUCGCCCUCAUCCACGGUCCGCCGGGCACGGGAAAGACGCAUACCUUGAUCGAGUUGAUCGUGCAGUUGGUGCAGCGGAAACAGCGCGUCUUGGUCUGUGGACCCUCAAAUAUCUCGGUGGAUAACAUCGUCGAGCGACUGGUCCCCAAGAAGAUUCCCGUGGUGCGCAUCGGCCACCCCGCACGACUGCUGCCGGCGGUGCUGGAUCACUCGCUCGAAGUGUUGACGCAGACAUCCGAGGCGGCCGGGAUUGUGCGGGACGUGCGGCGCGAGAUCGACCAGAAACAGGCAAGCAUCCGAAAGACGCGGUCGGGACGGGAGCGGCGCGCCAUCUACGACGAUCUGAAGCAGCUACGGCGCGAGUACCGCGAGCGGGAAACGAAAUGCGUGGCGGAUCUGGUGCGGGAGAGUAGUGUCGUGCUGGCAACGUUGCAUGGGGCGGGCGGGCAUCAGUUGCGCGGGCAAAAGUUCGAUGUGGUCGUGAUCGACGAGGCCAGCCAGGCCCUGGAGCCCCAAUGCUGGAUCCCCCUGCUGCCGGCGUCCAAGGUCAUCCUGGCCGGCGACCACCUGCAGCUGCCGCCCACCGUUAAAUCGACGCGCGAGCAAACGAAAACCAGUAGUGCGGAGGCGGGGGUGGAGCUGUUGCCCGACGUCUCGUUGGAGACUACGCUGUUUGACCGGUUACUGGCCACACAUGGGCCGGGGAUCAAACGCAUGCUCACCACCCAGUAUCGUAUGCACGAAACUAUCAUGCAAUUCCCCUCGCAGGAGCUGUACGAGUCGAAAUUAAUAGCAGCUGAGGCCGUGCGGGCGCGCCGGUUGGCGGAUCUGCCGUAUGAAGUACAGGCGACAGACGAUACGAUAGCACCCCUGGUCUUCUGGGACACCCAGGGCGGAGACUUCCUGGAGACGGCGGAGGAAUCGGGGCUAGGUAAGUCAGAGAAGCUAUUGGGAGAAAGUAAGAGUAAUUCGAUGGAGGCAUUGGUGGUAGGGCAGCAUGUUGAUGCCCUGGUGGCCGCCGGGGUGCAGCCAAGCGAGAUUGCAGUAAUCACCCCGUACAACGGACAGCUAGCAGUAUUGUCGCAGAUGCUCCGCGAGAAAUAUCCCGACCUGGAAUUGGGCAGCGUCGACGGCUUCCAGGGGCGCGAAAAGGAGGCAGUAGUGGUCAGCCUGGUGCGCAGUAACGAGGCCCAUGAAGUUGGAUUUCUGGCCGAGAAGCGUCGGCUGAAUGGUAAGAUCAGUUCUAGAUUAAUCUGUGAAGGUCAGCACUGACUAGAGCGGAACAGUGGCCAUGACGCGGCCGAAGCGACACUUAUGCAUCUGCGGUGAUUCGGAGACGAUCAGCCAGUAAGUCAUUUGGGGGCGGUUGUUGGAAUUUUGCGUGAUUGCUGACGGACCCUAAUUGCAUUACAGUGGAAGUGGGUUUUUGAAGCGCUGGAUGGAGUUUCUAGAAGAACAUGCUGAUCUG